AUGCUUUUCGAUUUGUUUGGGCUGUUUGGAGAAAAGCCUUCCUGGUCUCUGAGACCAACGAAGUUUGAUGGAUGCAACCAGAACAACUUUGGAGGGAAGGUGAUAGUUCCACAGUCUGUGCUGGUUGACCUUGUGUCGUUCCAGAUCCAGCCGCCAUUUACAUUUGAAAUCUCUCACUCCGACGGGAUAUACAGGACACACUGCGGGGUCCUCGAGUUCACCGGCGAGGAGGGCGAUGUCGUUGUUCCGUCGUGGAUGUACCAGCAGCUUUCCAUGGAAGAUGCAGACAAGGUGGUGCUUAGGUACAUGACGUUUCCCCUUGGAAAGUUUGUGAAGCUGAUUCCACACUCAGUGGACUUUCUUGAGAUCGAGAAUCCGAAGGUGGAGCUGGAGUCGUGCCUGAGAAACUACCAGGUUCUGUCUGAAGGAGACGAAAUACUGUGCCAGUUUGAUGAGGUUGGGUCCAUCAGAUUUACAGUUGCACACAUAGAGCCCUCUGCCAACGCCAUAUACAUUGUGGAUACAGACCUGGCAGUUGACUUUCUGGAGCCAAUUGGGUUCAAAGACAAGGUGGAGAGGGAAAAAACGGUCGCAAAGUACAUCGAGGUGAUAGACUCAAGCCAUGACGUAAAACCAAUCAGAAUGAAGAAGCUCGGGCUGUAUCUGUACAAGCCAGUAGAUUAA